AUGGUGCAGACUGUUCAGAAAUCCAAAGAGGAAUGGAAGGAAGCAUUGACGGAUGAUCAAUAUUACGUACUUUUUGAGGAAGGAACCGAAACACCGAAUACCUCGCCCUUGAACUCUGUCAAAGAUCCCGGAACGUUUACGUGUGCUGCUUGUGGAUCUCCUCUAUUCACCACUGAAACCAAAUUUGAAUCUGGAACUGGGUGGCCAAGCUUCUAUUCUCCUGUCGACGAGGAUGCCGUUGCACUCUCCACUGAUUUCAAGCUCAUUCUUCCUCGAACGGAAUGCUCUUGUAGUGUCUGUGGAGGUCACUUGGGACACGUUUUCAGUGAUGGACCGGAACCUACGGGGCAAAGAUUCUGUAUGAAUGGUGUUGCCAUGAAAUUCACUUCUGAUGAAGCUGACUCUGAACUCGCGGCAUCGGUCGCCAAGAGGCAAGAAGAGGCUCCCUAUAAGAUCGGUCUCUCCCAAGCACUGCCCGGUGUUGUGGUGAAUGGUAUCAUGGGUGGUCUCUUUUUCAGUUCGUUUGUUACUAGAAUGGAGACCACUGGAAUUCAAUCUCCAUUGGAUAUCAUUCCACUCGGAGUUGCUGUUUACUUUGGCGUGCAAGCAGUUGUCAAAUGCGGUCGAAUGAGCAAAUGA